GGGCCCCAGACUGGGUGGAGCAGCCACACCUGCCUGAAGUUUUGAGGAAGAGGGGCGGAAACAUGCUGCCCUCGCGAUAGGCUCUGCGGGCCCCUGCGGUCGGCUGGUGGCAGUGGGUCCCACAACUUCUUCACUUCCCCAAAUGGGCAAUUUCACUUUCAGAACCCCGGAUCUUUCCCCACCAGACCCAGGUGGCCCUUCUUGUGCCAGCCUGGGGCCCUGACCUUGGAUCUCCAGGGUGCCCUGGUCCCCAGGGAGAGCCCUGCUGGGCCUGUGACUGCCCCAGCUGGAUGGAGCCAUGCCUCCUACGUACCUGCUGCUGCUGCUGUGGCUACCGGGUGGUGUCUCAGGUACCCCAGCCGAGAGCGUGUACACCAGGGUGCGGCACCUGGAGGGGGAGACUCUGUCUGUGCAGUGCCCCUACACGAACCGCAAAAACCGCAUGGAGGGCAAGGUUUGGUGCAAGGUCAGGAAGAAGAAGUGUGAGCCUGGGUUCACCCGGGGCUGGGUGCAGGGGACCCGCUACUUGCUGCAGGACGAUCCCCAGGCCAGGGUGGUCACCAUCACCAUGCAGUCCCUCCGGAGCCAGGACUCGGGCCGAUACUGGUGCAAUGCGGAACAGCUUCCCGGACACUCUCCCACUACUGAGAGAAACACCCCUCUUACGCAUUGGACCAACAUCCUCAAGAGUGGGAUUGUGGCCCCUACCUCCGGCCCCGCCACACCUUUCCCCACUGGUUUGAUCCUGUUCACAUCUGGAGCCCUCGCCUCAGCCAGGCUCUUGCCCUCCACUGCCUCAGGGACCAUCAGACCGACCUCCAGAACAGGCUACAGCUUCACCGGUACCCCCACCUCCAACCCCAUGGGGCCAGGGAGGACAGUGGGGUCCCAGGCAGUGAGAACCCCCGGCAAGGCCAGAGCCUCCUCUGCUGGCCCAGUGUCCACCUCCACCGUGUCUCGACACCUGAGUCACCAGGUUUGCCCACCACAGGACUGUGUCCACACCAGCAGAUCUCUUCUCAACAACCUCCCCACCCUCUCCCAUCUCCGCAGGCACCAGGACUUGGACCCCACUGUACUUGUGGGGGUGCUUAUCCUCCUCGUGCCCAUGAUGCUCGUUGUGCUCUAUGGGUUUUGGAAGAGGAGACACGUGAGAAGCUAUAGCAUGCCCAGUGGCCCUGCCAGACCUUGGAGGAACAUGCCUAGAAGACUGGAGUCCCCGCGGAAGCCUGCCUGGUCUGAGACCACCUCACUGUGGUGUGGGGGAGCUUCUCCCAGCAGGGCCCAGGGCCCAGAGGAGGACCUGCCUGGCUUGCGGCGAGGUUGGGGUGUGAGGACUUGGGUCAUGCUGGAAUCAGGCCUUCCCAGACCAAUGGCUGUAGUCCACCCUUACCGGGAGGCCAGCAGCCCGGCCCAGUCAGGGGUGACAUCCCCUGGGCCCUGAGUGUUCUCCUGCUUUGCCAGGAAUGUGGGGAGGGGCCCCAGAGCAGAGAGCACUAGGCAGGAAAAAGGGAAAAGCUGUGGAAAGGACUCUGCCCAGAGCCACGGACCCUGGGGCCUAGUGGCGUGGCAGAGGAGCACUGCUAGUUCUGUUCUUCAGGAGGAGAACCAAGCUCCCGGUGGCCUCAGAGCCUCUUACUAGCAAGCCAAGGGGAGGGGAGGGCUGGGCAGCUGGGCUUCCCUCUUCCCACCUGGGAACGCUGGGUCCUCAGCCUCACUCAGCUCCCCUCCCCUGAGCCUGGGGAAGAAAGGGCUCAUGAUCCCCUGAGGGAGUCCACGUCCCAAGGGCCCCACCCUGGAGAAAGAACAGAGACUUGGGGCUGGGGGUGCCCCAGGGGUUUGCAGCAGGAGAUACCAGAGCUGUCCAGGGCACUCCCAGGCAUGUGUCUUUCGGGUCUUGCCUCAGCUUGUCCAUCGUGUCCUGGGAGCUGCCAAAGCUCAUGCAUCCCUGCUGCCCCCACUGGCCAGCCCCUCCUGAGAAAGCCCCUGGGGCUGAGCUUGGGGGCUCUCCUCCUCCAGUUCCCAUCUCCGGCCUCCAGGUCUGGCUCAUGGAGGGGACUGAGAGGCUGAACCCUGGGUGCCCAAGACC